UGCUCAGAGACGUGGGUUUUGACGAGGUUUACUGGAAACAGAAACUGCGCGAUGUUCUGCUAAUUUCUAGUGCACAGACGCUGCUUCACGUCGACCGUCAGGAAUGCAAAGAACUGGACUCGCAUUUCCGUAUAUCGUGGGAAAAAAAGGCGUUUUAUAAAAUGAUUGGCAUCGAUGCUGAUGAUGGUGUUCGUGAUAAGUGCGUUGACUGCCUUCAGCACGAAGUGGAGAGGGCAUACAGCGAGUACUCGGCUCUCAGAUCUCAAAGCGCUCCCAAGGCUCAGGCGUACGUCCUUUUUAACGAUUUGAGUACAGGAGCUCAAGACUAAUGCACGGAACUCCAAGAAAAAAGAGGAACAUCUCACAUUCAUGAAAUCCCUUUCUAAUGCAACCAUCUGCACCAAAGUGUCAAACGUGGUGCAGGUUCAUGAUGGAAGCCCCAUUCAUUGCGAACAGACAAAGGAAAGUUUUAAAUCUCCUGUUUCUGGGACUGCAUUGGCUAUUUUGCAGACACGGGAAGUUGAGAGUAAAACAAAUGAGACUGAAAGGUUUAUGAAUCUGCUUGAAAGGCUGGCACUACAAAAAUACUACUCAAAAAAUAUGCACACAGGGGAUGUGUGUGUUGUUAAGUCAGCAAUGCGUACAAAACACCCACGCACAGAACAAGAACUUGCCUCUUAUUUUUUGCAGAAACUGAUCAUGGGUAACUAUGAAGCACGGUAUGUUCGUGUUCAGAGUGAAAAUGAAAGCUAUGAGACCAUGAAUAAUAAUGAAAACUCUAAUUACGACGACUUUUUUAAGCAUGAUGAUACAUUGAGUCGUAGAAAGGGGCUUGCAACAAACACUCAAACCCACAUUCACCCCAUGGAUUUGCAAAUGACAAUUUACCAUUGUGGAGACAAUUUCGUGAGGCAGUACAUUUACACCAAACUCUCAUUUUGCCAGUUUGCACUGCCGCUUUUAGUUCCAAAUCCUCGUAGCUCAGAAAUAGAAUUCCCUCUUUGGGCAUUCCGACAGAUUAACAAGAACUGGAAAUGCCGUGACACAUCUACUAACACCCUGCAAACCAAAAGCUAUGAGAUUGUUAACGCAGACACUCCUCUUGUGUCCUUCAUCAGAUUUGGUGAAUCGCCCACAUCGAAAUCUCAGAUUCUGAACUCUCUGCUCAGUAAGCAAAAGCAUGGCGUUUUCUUUAAUAGGAACUGCAAAGGCAGCAGCAGGAAUGGUCUCCUAAUGGAAGGAGUCACAGAAGUCGCCUGGUAUUGUCCAAGUGGGAGGGAUGACGACGUCUUCAAUGACUGCAUAACCUUCACAAAUCUGCACGGAGAUGCGAGACGGCACAGAAAACAGGUGCAGUUUCUGCACGAGAUAUCCUCUUAUCAAUGUGAUACUGAUGUCAGAUUGUGAUCACAAUGAUGAAGCUAAACUCAUUUUGAAAGAAUGUCUGACUUCUCCAAAGCCUUUUGUUUGCCUUUGCGCUGACCAAGAGAGAAUCGAGGGUGGAAAUUCAAGGGCAAAAGUGAAAAUUGCUGUUAAGAACAGA